ACCAAAACAACACAUUCUAGGUCGCACGUUGCUUUCAUAAUCCUUAGCCGGGCCCCACAGGAAUCAAAUUCACAUUCACUCUACUCUGUAUAAAUACUCGCAUUAUGUCAUAAGAGGUUGCUAGAAAGGUCUUAUAAGACUCUCUGUGGGGCUUCCGCUGCUUGCAUUCGAAUCCAUUUUAACUUAUAAGUUGUUUGAGUUUUCGAGAAUGGGGAGGCAGCCUUGUUGUGAUAAGCUGGGAGUUAAGAAAGGGCCGUGGACGGCGGAUGAAGACAAGAAACUUAUUAGUUUCAUUCUUACGAAUGGCCAAUGUUGCUGGCGGGCUGUUCCUAAGCUUGCGGGUUUGCGAAGGUGUGGCAAGAGCUGCAGGCUUCGGUGGACGAAUUAUCUGCGUCCUGAUUUGAAGAGAGGCCUUCUUACUGAUGCUGAGGAACAGCUGGUGAUUGAUCUUCAUGCUCGCCUCGGAAACAGGUGGUCGAAAAUUGCUGGUAGAUUGCCUGGAAGGACUGAUAAUGAGAUUAAGAAUCACUGGAACACGCAUAUUAAGAAGAAGCUUAUUAAGAUGGGGAUUGAUCCUGUUACUCAUGAGCCUCUGCAGAAGGAAGAGACUAAUAGCCAGGUGGAGAAUUUGUCUCAGCAAUUUCAGUCACCAGCUGAAACAGAACAUCAGGUGCCUCCAGUGCAGCAUACUAAUGACAUGGCCAGCUCCGAGACCUCGUGCACACCAACUGAUCAAAAUUCAUCUGGCGAUGAGUCUAAUUCCCUCAGUGCUAUUUGCGAUCAGAUAGAUGACUCGUUGAUCAGUUACCUGUUUGAAGACGAUACUCCAGGACUUGUUGACGCACCCUGGGAAUUUUCAGCUGUUGCGAAGGAGAAUUUUAACAAGGUAGACAUGGUGCUGCCUUCAUGGGAUGAAAGCUGUCCAUGGCUAUUGGACUGUCAGGACUUUGGAAUUCAAGAUUUCGGGUUUGAUUGCUUCAAUGACAUCGAAAUGAACAUGUUGAACCAAUUAGACGUGAAAAACGAUCAAACUAGCUAGACCGAGAACGAUGAAGGUGAAAGAAAAGUGUUUAGGUAAGGGAUCAGAGAACAUGCAUGUUACAAAGUAUCAUGUCUGGUAAAGAAUAGGUACUGGUGAAUGUUUAUAUGAAAGUCUUGGAUGGUAGAAACUGAAACCAGUUUUUCCGACCAUCCUGACUAGGAUAUAUAAGAUGCCAAAUCCCAAGUCUGUGGAAGGAGACAUUUUUCCUCAGUUUGUUGUGGAGGAAAAGGAUGUUGUGUCAGGUGUCAUAGUGUUCGACACUGUAAACCGUUUGUAUAUAGAUUCCGAAAAUCAAUAAAAAAAUAAUCUUUUAUUGUAAAAUAAUAGUAUAGGUUCUCAUGAAUUAUAAACUGUUUGUAUCUAGAUUCUGAAAAUGAAUAAAAUUUUAGAAAAAAUAUAUACCA